AUGACAGCCACAAACGGAACUAACGUGCCCCUUGCGCCAGUGAUUUGCGUCAGCCAUGGCGGCGGUCCUAUGCCCAUCCUCGGCGAGCCCGGCCACAAAAACAUGGUCAAUUCAUGGCAGACUCGCGUUCGAAAAAUAUUGAAGCUCGGUACCCCCGAAGCUCCCAAAGCCAUUAUCCUCGUUACCGCGCAUUGGACUACGGACCGUCCUACGAUCUCCUCCGGCGCCAAACAUGAGCUUUACUACGACUACUACAAUUUUCCUCCAGAGACAUAUAAGAUUAAAUAUGAUGCUCCCGGUGCUCCUUCAAUCGCCAAAGAUAUUUAUAAUCGCCUCCAGAAAGCAGGUUUCUCUCCGAAGCUGGACGAUAAACGAGGUUGGGAUCAUGGUGUCUUCAUUCCUAUGAAGCUCAUCGCACCCGACGAGUCGAUUCCUAUUAUUCAGAUGUCCGUGCUCGAAAGCGAAGAUCCAGAGGAACACUAUAAAAUCGGCCAGGUACUUGCGGAACUGCGCAAAGAGAAUGUGGCUAUUGUGGGAUCUGGAUUCGCGACUUUUCAUAAUAUGCGACUCUUCCCCCGCGGUUCAAACUUCCCACCGGACACAGCAGGGAAACUUCGCGAGUGGUCCAAUGUUCUGAAUGAGGCUGUCAUGACGCAGGACGCUGAUGCCCGAAUCGCCAAGUUGAAGCACUGGAGGGAUUUCCCCCAUGCAUAUACGAUGCAUCCCCCACAUGGCGCUGAGCAUUUCUUGCCUUUGAUUGUGACAGCUGGAGCCGGAGCCUCGUCGAAGGGCGGCUUGUAUGGGGAUGAAUUCCGUGGAGCGGACAUGUUCUCAUUCUACUGGGAGUAG